UCCUUUUCUACCUUUCCCAUACUAGCUUCCCCUUUCAACUUGUCCUUUGGACUGAGCUAGGGUAGGGGUGGGGGGACUGCAGAAGAGCUGCAGAGAAGAAGACCCCUGGCCAAGGCCCGAGAUGAGAUCGCAGCUUCUGCUGCUGCUGGUCCUCUUCUGGAGGAGUGAGUGGGCUGGUUCCGAGAAGGGGCAGACACUGCCAGAGAUAAGCCUGUGGCCACGAACGACAGAAGAUCGGGAUGUACAGGCGGAGAUAGGAGGGCGAUUCCACCUCAGCUUGUUUCCAAGGAGACAGGACUGCUCCCUGAGUAUCACUGAUGCCCGGAAAGCAGACAGCGGAAGAUACUUCCUGGAGGUGGCCAUUGGAAAGUCACGGAAACACAGUUACUUGGAUUUUAAAGUUUAUGUGAAUGUGACAGCCAGACAUCUAUGUUCCCCAAACCCUGGGGGCUGGGCAUCCUGUGACCCUGAACUGCACAUUUCCUGGGGUCUGUAUGGAGGCGAUACCCCCCAUCUUCUUCUGGAGAGGGGCAGCCCUUUCCUCCAGGAUCCUGACAGUGAGCCAGCCUCUUCGUCGGAGAUCUCUCUGACUCCAAUGCCCCGAGUCCACGGCUCCAGCCUCACUUGUCGAGCAACUUUCGCUAGAGGGCAUGUGAGCACAGACUUAACCUGUCCUGUGAGUGCUGAAAGCAGGGGACCCAGAAGAGAGUGAACUGGAAAGAAGAUGGUCCAGAACUUGAGAUAUAGGAUGAUAUUGAAUGGUCAAGACAUCUGGGGCCCUGGGGCAGGGGGGAUAUGCUGGAGAAUUCUUUCAUUUUCUACCCUUGUUUCUGGGGCUAAAGGUCCCUAUCUCAUCCCAAUGCUGAGGAAAAAGCAUCCUGUUCCGCCCAAAAGUCACCUACAACUUUCCAUUUCAGAUACACCGAAGAACUUGACCAUCCAUGUUGUGUGGGGAAACAAGACAGGUAUUAUCAGGGAUCUAUGGGCAGGGCU